AUGUCUUACGCCGAGCAGGUGCUCCUGCAAUCGCUCUCUAACUUAUCGCUUCGGCCAUCUGCCUCGUGCACACCGUGCACCGUUGACUUGCGCCAGCUCCCGCAGGUGGUCCUCGGACGGAUACUCGUGCACCUGUCCAACAAAGACAUCUUUUCGCUCGCUGCGACGUGCAGAAAUCUGCAUCAGUGGUCAUGCUGGGCAUAUCGCACCAUCCACUUCGAGCUGGGCGAGGGCGCAGUGAACAAACUGGUUCAAGCCGUGACUUCUCUGGAGAAGCUUGCCAAGGUGCUUCAACAACGACCCCAAUACCAAGGCUAUGUGAUCACCCUCUCUCUUUAUGAUUCGGAACGCGACCUCACCUCUCCGGGAGCCGCCCCUCCAGGACACUAUUCGAACCUCGUCGCAGUCAUGGAUGCCUAUCUUGGUCAGGUUGUCUGCUACGCCCAAAAUCUCUUGCACUUCUUCUUCGACGCUUCUACCGUUGGCGCAAACUUUGCUCUCCCAAGAACGAUAGAAGCACUAGCUCACGCUUGUCAGCUCGAAGUUGUCGCACUCGUAAAUGCCACAGCAUCGCCUGUCGAUUUGGCCAACGCAUGCCUAGCAGAAUCCAAAAAUCUCAGACAAGUCUCCGUGCACAGCCAGGUGGACAUCCGCUGGGCUGAGAUGUUCUUGCGAAACCAGAGCAAGAUACGCAGAUUGCAGCUGACACAAGGCGAGCGUCCUGAUACGUGGCUAGAAACACUUGCUGAGUCCUCCAUGGUAUGGAGUGCUCUAGAAGACCUCUCGAUCAUGUGUAGAGGGGACGACGUCCUAAACUUCUUCAACGUGAUCACACACUGUGUGACAGCGCGAGCAUGGACUGGUCUCACCUCGUUGUCUCUGGCAGCCGAUUUUCCAUUUGAGCAGCUAGCGAUGCUUGCGCAAGUUCCACUACGACGGCUCAGGCUGGUCGUUAAUGUGCGGGGUACUUAUCUUCCGGACUUUGGCCCUGGAAUGAUUGGAGGUGUUUUGGCGUACUUACCAAGCCUAGAAGAAAUCAUACUCGAUCACUAUAAGAUGACUGAGUAUGUGCCCGUGCUGGGACCUGAGCUUUUGGGAGCAUGGUGCGAUUGUAUCCGAAACGCAUCACAUAUCCGCAAACUUGUGAUUCCAACCUAUUUUGCCAUUGACCCAGAGUCACCAUUGGACGAUGAAGAGGAUGAGGGGUGGUCUCUAAACGGAGAGGAUGGCGAGUCAGAGGCUUCUGACGAAGAAAAUGUGGGUAUGAGCGAAUAUACAGAGGAAACCCAGGACAGAACUCGGGCAGUCUUAAGGUGCUUACCUGUCCUGUCAGAAUCGAUGGCCGGCAUCUACGAGCACAUCGUGAUGUUCGCUGAAGAAUUCUUCGACGACCAUUUACGCAGCUUGAACUUACAAGAGCUCCGGCUCCUACAUGAUAACCCAAACACCUGUAACAGAGAAUCCAUUGGAUUUGAACAGGCAACAGAUAUCUUCACGACGCGCGAGGGUAUCGAACGAUUAGGAUUCCUGUCCAGGAGAAUUGGCGGAAAGUACGACAUGUUCUGGGAGCAUGCAAGGAAGGAUACAAUAUGA